AUGGCGUUUUCUUCACAAAAUGAAGAUUCAGCUUCUCCUUUUUACCUUCAUCCAACUGAUAAUCAUAGUUCAGUAAUUGUGCAACCAGAAUCGAACUCUGUAAAUUAUGCUACAUGGAGGAGAUCUUUCCUUCUUGCAGUUUCAAUCAGAAAUAAACAAGGUUUUUUGCAUGGAUAUAUUUCAAAACCUUCAGUUGCUGAUACUCAAUUUAAUGCCUGGGCUAGAUAUGAUGCAAAAAUUUGUCAAUUACAGCACAAAUUAUGCACAAUUACUCAAGGUGAUAAGUCAAUUGACACUUAUGUUACAGAAUUAAAUGCUAUAUGGGGGAACUUCAAUGUUAUAGACCUUUACCACAUUUUUCUGAAUGGCUUGAAGGAAACAUUUCAGAUUCAAAGGUCACAAGUGCUUAAUACUAAGUCAUUUCCUAACAUUGACCAAGCUUACAACAUGAUUCUCAGAGAUGAAAGUCAGAGAACUUUAUCUCUUCACAAACUCAGUAUAUUUGAUACAGUUGCUGCUACGGCUAAAACGAAGCGUAAACUAGAUCUUAUAUGUUCCAAUUGUGGAAAACAAGGGCAUGAGAGAGAAUCUUGUUUCAGAUUUGUUGGAUAUCCUCCUAAUUUCAAAUUUAAGAAUGCUCCCACAAGAAAUCCUAAUCUGAAUCAACAAGUGUCUAGAUCAGCUUACAAUGUGCAAGAUCAGAUCAAUGAAACUUCGAUCAUGAUAAAUGACCAAACUUCACUCAAUCUCUCUCAUGAGCAGAUUCAGAAAUUGUACAUGCUGCUUAAUGAUUUCACAAAUGCUUCUCAGUGCAACUCUGCUCCUCAAUGCACUCUAGAACCACUCAACACUCCAUCUGGUAUGACUAUCUCGCCAUCUACUUUUGCUGCAAUGAAUGCUCAAUAUGGAAAAGUUAAUGCUCAAACAUGGAUAGUUGAUACUGGGGCUACUGACCAUAUAGUAUGCUCAUUAGAGCUAUUCUCAACUUACAAGCAUGUCACAAAUUGGAAUGUUCAAUUACCAAAUGGAAUGAAAGCUCCUAUCACUCACAUUCAAUAUGUUGAUUUGUUUUCAAAACUGACCAUUCACAAUGUGCUUAUGGCCCCUUCCUUUAGUUUUAAUUUACUAUCAGAUCACAACACUAUGAUAAGGAUUGGUCAGGCUAAAGUCUUACAAGGGCUAUACUAUCUUCAACUUGCAGCUUCUGAGUGCAAAGUGAUUAAUACUAGUGUUGUUUCUACAAUAACUGCAAAUAAAAUAGAUUUAAGGCAUUUUUCUGAUUUGAAUGGAAAUCACUAUUGUUUGACAAUAUUUGAUGAUUAUUUUAAAGUAACCUGGAUUUAUAUGUUGAAAUAUAAAUCACAAGUUACAAAUAUUGUUGCUCAAUUUUAUCAACUGGUUCUCACUCAGUUUCAAAAGCCACCUACUCCAGUUCUAAAUAACAUAAGUCCAUAUGAAGUUCUAUAUCACUUCAAGCCAAAUUACUCUCAUUUUAAGGUCUUUGUCUCUCUAUGUUUUGUUACAAAUGUGGAUCCACACAGGAAGAAAUUUGAUUCUAGAGCCAUAAAAUGCAUUUUUCUUGGCUAUCCUAUGCAUACAAAAGGAUACAAGUCUCAAAAUGAUUUACAUUCUACUGUUUUACCAGUUGUACCUCCAUAUAACUUCACUCAUCCUUCACCUACUUUAAACAGCCAUUCUAAUCUUUCAAACCCAGAAACCUCAUCAAACACUACUUCUGCUCUUUCUACUCAUGAAGAAUUACUGGCCCUUAACCAAAAUAAUACCUGGUCUAUUGUACCUUUACCUUCUGGUCUGCAUGCCAUUAGAUCCAAGUUGGUUUAUAAGGUCAAAUUUCAUUCAAAUGGAAGCAUAGAAUGUCAUAGAGCUAGGCUUGUAGCCAAGGGUUACACUCAAAGAUAUGGUUUUGAUUAUCAAGAAACCUUCAGUCUUGGAGAGUCUUCUGAUAAUCCUGCUGCAAAGCUUGUGUGCAAAUUGAAUAAGUCUUUAUAUGGCCUUAAGCAAGCCUUUAGACAAUGGAACAUGAAAUUUACCAAUUCUUUGCUGACACAAGGUUUUACUCAAUCUAAAUAUGACUGUUCUUUAUUUAAUAAGUCAGAUUAUACUGGUUUUAUUGCUCUAUUACUAUAUGCGGAUGACAUUAUUAUAGCCAGUUCUAGUAUCUCUGUUAUUUCAUCUAUCAAAGCUUUCUUGGCUAGUCAACUCAAGUUAAAGGAUUUAGGAUCCAUCAAAUACUUUAUUGGUUUAGAAAUAGAAAGAGAUCAUUUUGGUAUUAACCUGUGUAAGCUUCUAUAUCUUACGCUUACAAGACUAAAUAUUACAUAUGAUGUUCAUGUUCUUACUCAGUUCAUGGACAAACCAGCAGCUAUUCAUCUUCAGUCUGCUAUGACAGUUCUUAGAUAUUUGAAAGGCUCUCCUGGUCAAGGUAUUUAUUUCUCCUCCACUGCAAUUCUUCAAAUGCGUGCAUACUGUGAUAGUGACUGGACUGGUUGUCCAGAAACAAGAAGGUUUCUUACUGGUUAUUGCAUAUUUCUUGCAUCUUCUCUUAUUAGCUGGAAGUCUAAGAAGCAACAGGUUGUUUCUCGCAACUCUACAGAAGCUGAAUAUACGUCCAUGUCCCCAGCUGCUUCAGAAGUCACUUAG